AUGCCGCCAAUGCCGCCUCAACCUCUAUACCCCAUGCCUCCAUACCUAACAACACCCUAUCCCACGGUUCCGUAUCCCCCAUCUCCCUACCCCAUAUCCAUACCCCUAUACGCCCCUCCACCCCCCAGCCCGCGCCGUCGCGCACCACGGCCCCCCAACCCAAACGUCGGCCCCGCCCUCGUAGACAACUUCAUCGAGCGCGCGCACACGCGCCUCGAGCCCCGCCGCGCAAACCCGACCUGGACCGAGGACGUCCUAACCAACGACCUGCAAGACCAGCUCGCCCGCGUGCGGCGCAGCAUCCAAGACAUCGUCAGCCAAGAAUUCCACCUGCCGGGGGACAUCGUGCCUCGGGUGACAGUGCAGCUGUGCGCCGUCGACCUCAAGCCGGACGGGACAUGGCACCACGGACGGGGGGAGCUUGGCACACCGGCUCCAACCGUCUACAUGCCCAAGAUCGUGGUGCGGAUGCCUGAGCGCCGGGCCCCCGAGCGUCUGCACACGGGGCAGCGCGUCGCCAACGGGCCGACCCCGAGCGACCGCGCAUACGUGGACGCGGGGAAGCGGGUCCUGGAUGCCGUCGUCCACGGUAAGGGACUGAACCGGUACAACGUGCGCACCGAUCUGCGCGGUCUCCCGUUCGACCCGGCCGCGACCUGCCGCACGCCUGCUUCGAGUUCCAGGAGAACACGGGCGCGGCAGAGGACUCGUGCCAUUUCAUGCCGACGCACGUCCACGUCUACCUGCCCGCCAAGGUGA